UGUGUUGUCUUGAGUGUGACAGGUUCAGCGACCCUCAAACACUCACGGGUCUGGUGUUUUUCGCCACGAAGCAAGAUGAAAACAACUCUGGUCUCUGGUGUCUUAAUUUCGUGUUUCACAGCUACAUUAGCUGUGGCUUACACUGAUAAUGAUGAGGUUAUAUUAUAUGUUAACAAAGUGGGACCAUACUUCAAUCCACAUGAAACUUACCACUAUUACCAGCUGCCAGUUUGCCGCCCCAAAAUUAUUGAACAUAAGAGCCUUACACUGGGGGAAGUCUUGGAUGGGGAUCGCAUGGCCAAGUCAGACUACAAAAUCAGAUACAAAGAAAACAUCCAGAAUCGCAAGCUUUGUGACUUGAUCCUCUCCGAGCAAGAAGUACAAUACUUAAGAGAAGCUAUAGAAGAGCACUAUUACUAUGAGUUUGUGAUCAAUGACAUACCCGUAAGGGACUUCAUCGGCCACCUGGAAGAGUCAGGCUUCAUUCCACACACUCACAAAGUGUUCCUUUGGACUCAUCAGCACUUUAAUAUAUACUACAAUGGGGACAAGAUUAUUUAUGUGAAUGCCACCAAGGAACACAGUCCCAUCAGCUUGGAUGAUGUUGAGGCGCCUCUAACGGUGAAAAUUACAUAUUCAGUAACUUGGAUCUCUACAACGGUCAGUUAUGCAGAUCGUGGGCACCUGAUCCAAGACAACAGUUUCUUCCCCAGAAGCUUAGAGAUCCAUUGGCUUUCCAUUAUCAACUCAAUGGUUCUUGUUUUCCUCCUCAUGGGAUUUGUCGUCAUAAUAUUGACAAGAGUGCUAAAGAAUGAUUUUGCUCGCUACAAUGUUGAUGAAGAAGUACGGGAUGAAGUUGAUAGUGAUGACUAUGGAUGGAAAAUCAUUCACACAGAUGUGUUUCGGUUCCCCAAGCGCAAGUCUCUCUUUUCUUCCAUUUUAGGUGUUGGCUGUCAGUUCCUUGCUGUUACAAUAGGUAUUAUUGGAAUGGCUCUCUUGGGAAUGUUUAAUGUUCACCGGCACGGAGCAAUGAAUAGUGCAGCCAUAUUUUUGUAUGCGCUUGCAUCGGUCAUUGCUGGAUAUGUGUCAUCAUCAUACUUCAGAAUGAUGGGUGGAACCACAUGGGUUUCAAAUGUCAACCUUACUACAGUUCUCUUUGCAGGUCCAUUCUUCUUGAUAUGGAGUGUGCAGAACACAGUGGCUUGGGCAUACCAGUCGACGCAGGCCCUACCCUUCACCACCAUUAUUCUUCUCUUCCUUGUGUGGCUUUGCAUUGGGUAUCCCCUGACAGUAUUUGGAGGUAUCAUAGGCAAAAAUGGUGUGACGGAGUUCAACUUUCCUUGUCGCACCAAGAACAUUGCACGUGAAAUCCCUCCUGUUCCGUGGUACCGCUCCCACUGGGCACAUUUUGCUGUUGGUGGAUUUCUGCCAUUUAGUGCUAUCAGUGUGGAAAUGUACUACAUUUUCUCAACCCUGUGGGGCCGUGAGCAGUAUACACUCUAUGGUAUACUGGGUGUUGUUUUUGUUAUCUUGCUGAGUGUCACUGCAUGUGUCUCCAUUGCUCUGACAUACUUCCAGUUGGCAGCAGAAGACUACAGGUGGUGGUGGAGAUCAGUCUUCAGUGCUGGAUCAACCGGGGGUUUUGUCCUGAUGUAUUGUCUGUUCUACUACCUGAAACGAUCCAACAUGUCUGGUGGACUACAGACCAUUGAGUUUAUUGGUUGGUCACUUCUCACCUGUUACGUCUUCUUUCUCACCCUGGGCACUGUGUCUUUCUUUGCAUCACUUGCAUUUGUCAAGUAUAUCUAUCGAAACAUCAAAAUGGACUAACUAUUAGUCUCAUACUUAGAUACAUGUUGACUUUAACACAUCAUAGGCAAAGAUCAACAAGUCCAGAUGAGUGUGCUGAACAUUUCUAUCCUUAACACACACUGUAAUAAUUGUAUACCAAAUUUUUUGUUUUGUUCAUUAGUGAUUUUACCACUACUAUGUAGUACCAUAGGCUACAUGACAAUUGUGAAUUUAAUAAAAAAAUGUAUCCAACAUGAUUAAGAUACCUUGACAGUUCUUGUUGCUUGUGUGGCAGGUGUACAUUUGUGGUUAGGCAGUGCUGUCAUUAAAAAAAGUGCAGUGAUUGAUGAAAAACUGGGAUAUGCCAUUGUACCUGGUAUCAGAGUGUUUGUAGACAAAUUUUGUGUGUAUCUAGUUAUCAGUGCUAUGCCUAAGUCAGUUGCGCUCUUGUUCAAAAGUAUCACUGCUGAGUGUAGUGCCUUAAAACAGUGAGGAACAGUAGAGCAUUAACCCCUUGAAGACAGUGACAUAUCUGAAGGUUGUUAAAGUAUAACUGGUGCAAUUUCAUACUUUUAAAGCAUAUUAAACCAUUUCUUGAUGGUCUUUAAACCUUACAACUUUAUUUAAUGUAAUUUUUAGAUCAAUAUAUUACUGAUAGCUAUCAACUGAAGAAUAAUUUUGAAGCAACUGAUUUCUUCCUAGGUAUUAAUUUUUUUUUUUUUAAGUUUUAUCUCUCUCACAUGCAUGCACAAGUUUGCACAAAUACCAAAGCUCAUACAAACAGUUUAUGAGAAAGGCCCUGGAAUAACCCUUUACCCCAAGUCUGUUCCUUGAAGUACACAUAUCCCAAGUCUUGUUCCCUGAAGUGCACAUACCCCAAGUCUUGUUCCUUGAAGUGCACAUACCCCAAGUCUUGUUCCUUGAAGUACACACAUCCCAAGUCUUGUUCCCUGAAGUGCACAUAUCCCAAGUCUGUUCCUUGAAGUGCACAUACCCCCAAGUCUUGUUCCCUGAAGUGCACAUAUCCCAAGUCUGUUCCUUGAAGUGCACAUACCCCAAAUUGCUUCCUGAAGUACACACAAAAUACAGUCAGCCAAACAGGCACCUAGACAGAGAGAAGGUGGUACCAAAUUCCAUAUUUGGAUUUAAAAUGAACUAUUAAUAAUAGCAAGAGGUUAGGAACCAGGUGCACCAGUCAAGGUAGGGUUAAUGGGCAGGGCCAGGAACUGUGACUCGACCCCUAUAACCACAUAUAGGUGAGUGCAUGCACACACACACACACACACACACUAUAAUGUGUGCAUGAAUUUGCGUGUUUGUGUUUUACUAUUAAUAAUUUAUUAUUUUCUCUUAAUUAGUUUUCCUAAAUAUUUGGAAAAGUUGAAAAGUUUAGAUGUACAAAUUACUUUUUUUUUUUUUUUUUCAGUUUGUAUACUUUUCAUGUUAUGUAGUAAAAUUACCAGAAUGGUGUUGCUCAAUAAGACCAUGUAUUCCUUUAUUAGCUGAAGAUGAUCACAGCUUUUGUAUAUAUCUUUUCAUGAAAGGUCUCUUAGAGGAUCUUCAAAAGUCUAUUUUGAAUGUACUAAUGCAUGCAUGACACAAUUUUUACUUGUUAAUAAAAGGCAGUCACUCAACUAUUUGUAUUACUUAAAAUGUGUGUAUAGCUUCCCUUUGCUUUGUAGAGAGCUGCUCUGCUAUCUAGUGUGUACAUAUUCAUGUGUUUUCUUGUCUGCCCUCAGGGGUAAGUGUGUUAGUCAUGGUAGCCUCUAUGCCCAUGUGAGAAAUAGCAAGUGCAGUGUUAAGAAUGACAGCUGUACAAGUUGUACAAGAAUGGUAUACAAUACCAACAAGAUGAAAUUAAGACACAUGCAACAUCUGGGUAUCUUUAUUGUAGACAUUGAAAUUAAGACACAUGCAACAUCUGGGUAUCUUUAUUGUAGACAUUUCGCCAUCCAGUGGCUUUAUCAAUACAAAUUCCAGGACAUAACUUGAAGAUAGUAGAACU